UCCUGUUUCUCAGUGGUUUACCACAGAAACACCCUUCUGCCUCUCAUCCUGUAAGACCGUAAAUAAAGUUCCCCACCAUCACCACCAUGGCAGCUGAUCCAGAUGCUCACUGCAUGUCAGAAUUUAGCAGAACCCGCAACAUCUCCAGCGCCCGACCCUGCAACCAGAGCACCGUCAAGGCCGCUCCCUACAGCCCACAAGCCACCGCAGCUUUUGCUAGCGCCAUCACCUUCAUGAUGAUCCUGACCAUCGUUGGGAACAUCAUGGUCAUCAUUGCUGUCCUGACAUCCCGAUCCCUGAAGGGGGCUCAGAACCUUUUCCUGGUGUCACUGGCUGCAGCAGACAUUUUGGUCGCCACACUUAUUAUUCCCUUCUCGUUGGCGAAUGAGCUGCAGGGCUACUGGGCAUUUAGCUCUGUUUGGUGUGAAAUAUACCUGGCGCUGGAUGUUCUCUUCUGUACCUCCUCCAUUGUGCACCUGUGUGCAAUAGCUCUGGACCGCUACCUGUCAAUCUCUCGGCCCGUGUACUACAGCACCAAACGUACUCGUGCACGCAUCAAAGCAGCCAUUAUCAUCGUCUGGCUGAUCUCGGCUGUCAUCUCUUUCCCUCCUCUUCUCACUGUGGACAAGACUGGAGGAGGUACAAAGGUUUGUAAACUAAACGAUGACAAAUGGUAUAUUCUCUAUUCCACCAUUGGUUCCUUCUUCGCCCCCUGUGUGAUAAUGAUCCUGGUGUACGUGAGGAUUUAUCAGAUCGCUAAGCAGCAUACUCGCUGCCCACCUGGACAGAAGCAAAAAGUGGUGGCAGGAGGAAACACCAGCAUGACAAGUGAGCCUGUACCAAAGUUAUCCAAGCAGUCACAACAGAAGGGGGAUCAAGAAGGUACGACUGCCAGCCAGCAAGAAAAAGCCCUGACCAAAAUGACUGGCUCGGAUUCCACCCCGUCAUCACUUCAAAAACCGCCCGAGAGCACCGCAAGCCAGGACACUCAGCACUACCCUCCUCAUUCGUGUACUGCUCCAGCCCCAAAAUCCUCCUCUUCAAUCCCCCAAUGUGACAGCCAAAUCCUCUCAGCUGUUCCAAACAAAGAGUCCCAGAAACUUCCUGAUGCAGAGGCAGAAGUGCUUCCCGACAACACCUCCAGCUCUGGCUCUGAGCUGGAAUUCGACGAGGAAGGUGUUUUUAGAAAGGACGACAAAAGAGAGACAAACAAAACUGACAAGCAAACUUUAGGUUUGCCCCAAAGCAAAGGAUUCAAAGUUCAGAUGCUAAAUAUGGCCAGUGAAUACAAAAACACUAUGACCACAUCAUCUGGCACCAAACUGGUACCUGAGGGAACGCCUACAAUUCAGGGGACGCCCAUUUCCCGCCGCAAAGCCAUGGUGAACAGGGAGAAGCGGUUCACCUUCGUCUUGGCCGUAGUGAUGGGAGUGUUUGUCAUCUGCUGGUUCCCCUUCUUCUUCUCUUACUCUCUUCAGGCAGUGUGCCCUGAGACUUGCCGCAUCCCCAACCCUUUGUUCACAUUCUUCUUUUGGAUUGGCUACUGCAACUCCUGCCUCAACCCAGUCAUAUACACCAUCUUCAACAAUGAUUUCAGGAAGGCCUUCAAGAGGAUACUGUGCAUGGACACCAAGGGUACGUUCCUGUAGAGAGGAAAGUGUAAUUAGGUUUUGAACUGUAGGCGGACAGAAAGACCUUUAUCAAAAAUGACUUCUUUCUUUCUUUCUCUCAGUACUUUCUGUGUUUGACUAGGAUUGACCUUCUGCAGCAUCGACAUAAACACUUGUACAUUAAGGAGGAAAUUGGGUCCAUUUUCUCUUCUCCUUGUGCUUCUGUCUAUGAGCUGAGUCAGAGCUGCACUGACAAAGAAGGAGACUUCACAAAGCCACAGUCAAGUGGCCAAAUCAAUUAUCUUUAAUGUUAUUUAAGAAUACAGUAUAAUUGUAUAUUCAGUGACUCUGAAGAAGAAUGAUUUGAUUAUAUUUUGAAACGGAAGUCAAGAGGAUACAGGGUCUGUGUUCAGUAAUUUAAAGUACAAACAGAGCUAUGAUGGUGUAUGCGUUUUUGUGUUUGUUUGUGUGUAUGCAUGGGAGUAGAGGACAGUUGCCUGAGGGUCUUACUGGAAGAGAACAAAUAUCACUAAGUGUCCUUUAUCGGAGAUAACAUGGGCACUCAAGGAACACAAGAUCAGGGAAAAUGUGAGCGUUCAUCUCUGUGCCGCUGCCUCUCACGCCUCUCUUCACCUUCCUCUAUUUCUUCCUCCAUCCAAAGCGUGUACGUUAUGAUGGGUGGAGCUUUUAUUCUCUGUUUAUUCCCUCGUCUCUGUGAACCUGUGAUGUUACACCUCUCUCUGGGAAUUGCUCAUUAAGGUGAUGGCCAGAGGCUUUACUGGGAAAACUAGAGCAAGGAAGCUGAAAAUCAGCAGAGGUUGCAUGAAAGAUGAAAACUCUACAUGUGAAUAUGAUACUUGGAGGCAUCACAAGCUGAGCUGCUCACUUCCUCACUCCCUUUAAUCUUUCCUCCCCUUUAAUGUUAUUUUUUUCUCCUCUAAACUAAGAAUGACGCAGGGAGUGAGCGCAUGUGUUUUAAGUUACAGCUCAAGGAUUGUUUUCGCAGGGUUCCUGCAGUGGUCACCAAAUUAAAUUUAAGACCCUUUCAAUAGCACAUGGAAUUCAGUUCAAUACCUUAUUCACUGCUGAAGAGCGACAGAAAAAAAACAAUAAGGCCUACUACUGUUUAAGGUAAAUUAAGUGCAUGGAUUUAUCGAAUUACUGAAUUUAUUGCCCCUGGGUCAGAGUCUCUGUAUGAAGUGACUAUUCAUGUCUUGUUCGACAGUCACAGAGCUCAGUGAAAAGACCACAAAGACAAGCAAAACAACCACAAAGCGAUUCGAAAGAACCACUCUUUCAGUCUGGGGUUCCUGCACAGAGAGGUGGGGAUUAUCUGUCCAGCCUGGACUCUGAGAAGCAGCAUAAAACUGAAGUUUUGAGACUUUCUGUUGAAGUCUAAUAUGAGUCAAUGAGACAGUCAGUAGUUAAUACUAAUGUUCCUGUACACGACAGGUAAUAAAAUAAUUAAAGACUAUGAUUUCUUCUUCUUCUAAGGAUGGAGAAAGCUAAAUUCAAUACUUUCUAAGACCUUUCCAGGCCUGCAGACAACAUUUCAUUGAGGUUUUCAUUUAUUUGCAGUCUUUAAUGAACGUGAUGGACAGUGAGCUGUGAGCCCUUUUCAGGGUGCGCUCUGCCAAAGCAAUACAGACUGUAUCUGAACUCGGCGCUGACCCCGACAUUGAGCUGAAUCCCUGAUGAAGACGCUCCUCCUCCUCACUCUGGACUGAUCUGAUUUGUCUGUGUGAAUAUUGUGUGUCUGUGUGUGUGUGACUGACUGAGUGUGUUUACAGCUGCAUGUUUUUCAAAAUGCACUUAUCCUUUGAAAGCCUACAGACUGAAGCAUCCAGCUCUGUGUACACAUGUAAGAUUACACUGAUGCUGGAAUCAGAUUUUGUACAGUACGAGCUUAAACGUAAAUAUUACUGCUUGUAGUUUAAAAGUCCAACUGAAAUUAAAGUGCAUGUUGUUUUUCUUCUCUGCUGCAGUUCACAGGUCUGUACAGGCAGUAGCAGUGCUUUAAGCUACAUGCUAACGUCAGAAUGCUAACACGCUCACAUUGACAAUGUUAGCAUGUUGAUGUUUCGCUGGUAAUGUUUCACCGUUUUAGUUUAGCAAUUGUUCAGCAUGCUAACGUCUGUUAAUAAUGCUGUGGCUACAAGUUUAGCACCAGGGCUAACCACAGUAGUGUUUCCGCCUGUUCGUCUCAUUGUGCCGACACUGAGCGGACGCAGCAUGCAGCAAACACAAAGUGCAGCCGAGGCUGAAUAAACCAAAGUCCUGGACAGACUCAUAUUUUGACCUGAUUAUGCACGUGUGUGCUAAAUGUCUCAACAACUGUUGAUGCACGAUAACAUUGUUGUUGAGACAUGUCUCCUGUGAACUACAGUUGAGACAUGUCUCAAGAACUGUUGAGUCACUUCCCUGAAAACCACAAAUGUCAACUUUGCUGGACAAAAAGUCAGAUGAUCACCAAGUCAUUGAGGUUGAUCGUCUGAGGAAUACGAAUGUCUGUACAGAAUUUUACUGCGGUUUAUCCAGUAGUUGUUGAGACAUUUCAGUCUGGACCGAAGUGGUGGGCCGACUGACCAACCAGCCAACAGGUACGGUCAUUAUCAUGGUCCCAAAAGCGUCAGUUAGCAAGGCUGUUGGAUUGGUCUGCAGACAGCUUAUUCUAGAGAUAUAUGAUGAACUUGUCUCAUAACAGUCCAACUCUGUUCCCCGGGAAUUAUGUCCAUAUACUUCUGUAUGUUAUGUUGCAGUGGCUGGUUUAUGUUCAGAGGCAUUUUUUUAGCUGAAUGAAUAAAUGAAGCUCUACAUCACCUGAGUCACCAUGAGGUGGUUUGGGUGGAUGGUGGGUGUACAGAGGCGAGUGUUACACCAGACACCAGAGAUCACA